AGUUCGACCUUCGGGCGGAGCGCAUUUUGAUUGGCCGAGACAGGGGCGCUGAGGGAGGCGAUUGGUUGGGGCGGGGAGGGCGGAAGUGGAGAGGCGGGUCCGGGAAAGAUGCAGGCUCCCCAGGACUACCGGAAUGUGCCCAUCGACAUCCAGACCAGCAAGCUCCUGGACUGGCUGCUGGACCGGCGGCACUGCGGGCGGCGCUGGCCCGCGCAGGUGGCGGCGGUGCGGGAGCGGAUCCGGGCGGCGCUGCAGGACAUGCCCGAGCACCCCGAGAUCCGAGAGCUGCUCCAGGGCUCCUACCUGCACUAUUUCCACUGCCUGCGCAUCGUGGAGAUCCUCAAGGGCACCGAGGCCUCCACCAAGAACCUCUUUGGGCGCUACUCGUCCCAGAGGAUGAAGGACUGGCAGGAGAUCGUGUCCCUCUAUGAGAAGGACAACGCCUACCUGGCCGAGCUCUCCAGCCUGCUGGGCCGCAGCAUCAGCUACGAGCUGCCGGCGCUGCGGCGGCAGCGGGGCCGGUGGCUGCAGGCGCAGCAGGAGCUGGCGCGGCGCGAGGACGAGUGCCAGGCACGGGCAGCGGAGCUCCGCGAGCGCUUCCUGGGCUCCUGCCGCCAGUACGGCAUCGCCGGCGAGGACGUGCGCCGGGAGCUGCUGGCCCAGGUGCAGGCGCUGCCGUCGCUGCUGUCCCGCGUUGGGGACGGCGCCAGCGCCCUCGGGGACGCCAUCGAGCUGUACCAGGCCUGCGUGGGCUUCGUGUGCGACAGCCCCGGUGCGGAGGCGCUGCCGCUGCUCCGGCACGUGGUGGCCCACGGGAACUCGUCCGUGUUCCGCUGGCGCACGGGGCAGGAGCCGCUGCGGCUGGAGCGGCCCGAGGCGGCCCCGCAGGCACCGGAGCCGCCCCCGCAGGACACGAUCGAUUGGGGAGAUUUCCCCACGGAGCCACCCCAGGGCGGGGACAUCGACUGGGGCAUCACGGUGGAGCCCAGCCCGCAGGGGGACGAUGGCAUCGACUGGGGUGAUGGAGAGAAGGGACAGGAGGGGACGAUCACAGUAGAGCUCAGUGCCCAGGGGGAGGAUGGCAUCGAUUGGGGUGACGGAGAGAAGGGGACAAUCCCAGCAGAGCCCCAGGGGGACGAUGGCAUCGAUUGGGGUGAUGGAGAGAAGGGACAGGAGGGGACGAUCACGGUGGUGGAGGCUGGAACUGAGGCCCCCGAGGGCGUUGCCCGUGGCUCGGACGCGCUGACCCUGCUGGAGAACCCCGAGACUCGGAACCAGUUCAUCGACGAGCUCAUGGAGCUGGAGCUGUUCCUGGCGCAGCGGCUGCUGGAGCUCGAGGACGCGGCGCUGGACGUGGUGGCCCUGAGCCAGUUCCAGGCGGCGCCGGCCGCGCUGCAGGGCCAGAGCCCCGAGCGCCUGCGGGCCCAGCUGGCCACGGCGCGGGAGCUGCUGGGGCAGCUGUGCUCGCGCAGCGUGCAGCACCUCUGCAUGAUCCUCGCCUCGCCCAGGUACGUGGAGCGUGUGACGGCCCUGCUGCGGCAGCAGGCCCUGCAGGCCGAGCUGCUGCUGGCCAAGCGGGAGGCGCUGGGGCAGCGGCGCCGCCAGGCCCAGGCCGAGCAGGGAGCGCUGGAGCCGCGGCUGCAGCAGCUGCAGGAGAGAGCCAGGGAGCUGCAGAGCCUGAUCGAGGCCGACAUCUCCAAACGCUACGGGGGGCGCCCGGUGAACCUGAUGGGCGUCAACCUGUGACAGACGAGGGACACCUGGCUGUGACACCUGAGGAA